AUGGGUCGAUUCCUCGCUGUUACUGUAUUCUUGAGCGUCUUCGCGCAACUCAGCUUCGCUAGCGAGUAUGAACAGCUUGUUCCUGGGCUUACAGGUAGGUUUUGGCGUUUUCUUUGAAGUUUAGUGUUAUAAAAUGCUGAUUUGGACUUUUGAGACACUUUUUUGUUACAAAAGACGCGAAAUAAGAUAAAGAGAUGCAAAAAAUACUGUAACUAAAACAUAUAUCCCUAUGGUUAAUAUAAAUCAUUAAAAUUGAGCAUAAAAUUACAGACAUCGCUCUAAAACUCCAAGGAGAAUAUAACCGUGGCUGGUCCAAAGCCAACAAGGCCAUCAUGCACAGAGUAAUCGCUUCCGUUGGAGUACCAAGCAACGAGACGGCCGAGAACCUGGUUGCCAACAUGACCAUGUUCCACACCUACUUGGACUUGAUGGAAGAAGCCUUGAACCAAACUGAAGCCAGCGAGCAAAUCAAGACUCUCAUCAUGACUGUAAGUAUAAUAUUCAUUUUUAGUUUAAUUUUAUUUCACUCCUUUUCUCUAUCUAUAACAAUAUUUCCCCGUUAGGAACUUAAAAGUCAUUUCACUCAAUAUUAUCUUACCUUUAAGGUUGAACGCUCUGGUCCUCAAAUGAUGGCCCUAUCAGCUGCUGGAGAUAACGCUACAGCUGAAGAAAAGAAGGAAUUUUCCGUUGCUUUCACUCCAGCCAUCCUAAUCUUCGAAGAAAUGGACAAGGAGGCAAGAGAAGACAUCUUGGACAAGGUCCCAGCUCUUCGCGGUGUUUUGACUGGUAAGUUUUAUAAAAUCUUACCUAAAAUUAAAUUUCACAUUUCAUUACAACUUUCAAAAUAUGCAUAAUAUUCUAAUAUAUCAGAAGAAUAACAAAGCCAAUAACUUAACUUACAGACAACGAAACCCGCCACGCCAUUAGAAUGAUGGCUGAAGUUCACGAUGAUGGAGAAGCUCACAAAGACGCUCACGAUGUGAAUCAGAUGUCGGAAACAGCCAAAGACUUCAUGCAUCAACUCAUUAUGAACCCCGAGAAGGUUCACGCUCCACAAGAAGAUUCUGAAGAACAAUAA